AUAUACUAGUAGCAAGGUUUCUUAUCAACAUCGCACUGCGUUCAGAUGUUGGCACUACAUGAAUAUUGCCGAAAAAACUUGCCAACUUAAUCGUCUCUGUCUAUUUCAGUUGUUUCGAGUUUGCAAAAGUCAAAUGUUGUCUAACGAUUGGGCACGGCAGGUAUUGUCACGCGAUCGCGACACACCAACCCAGCUCCUGGUUGUCAUUAAAAUGUUUGCUGUUUCAUUUUAAAAUUACAUUAAAUAUGUAUUCGUGAAUCGAACAUCGUUCCAAAUCAUGUCUGUGUUAAUAAACAUCAACAACAAUGCUGGACAAAAAUAUGACAGUCGAUCGUGGGGGAUGUUAUUACUUAAGCCGCACACGCAAUGCCUGCAAACGCGGGCUGCGUAGCAAAUUGCGUAGCGAGCAGUUCUCUCGCAUCGCUCCGCAUCACAGGGUGAGAUCGCGCGGAAGCGAAGGUUGCGCCCAUGACCGCGCCCGCGCCCGCCCGGCUUCAUCGUCAGUCUCGUGCCGCACUCGCUACUUCUCGGACCUCGGACCCGUGGAUUUUAAACAGCCGUGUUCUCGAUCGACAUCAGUGAUGUGUCUGUGAACUGAUCAUGUGCAGACGAGUGUGUGUUGUGGAAAAGAAAGUGCGCGAGCGGCGGAGACCCGCGCGCCCGUAGCCCGCCAUGUGGAUACUACUGAUGCUUCUCCUUGCGCUGGUCGCACCUGGCGGGGGAGUCUCCUUCGCUCCCAACAAAGAACUCCUAGAAUGUGCAAGAUCCUAUACAUAGACCAAUACGCGUACCAACUACCAACCAACUACAGCAGAAACAUUCCGCCUGGCAAAAAUACUACUGUAUAUAUAGGGAUAAAUGUAAACCGAGUGUCUGGUGUCGACGAGAAUAAAGAGGAGAUAACUUUAGAUGUUUUCCUGCAAGUAUCGUGGGAAGAGAUGCGAUUGAACGUCCCACCUGGCAUGGCGUUCAUAGACCUGCCAUGGGAGUUCCGCCAACUGAUCUGGACCCCAGAUCUGUAUAUUUGGCAGUUGCAGACUAUGAGGAUACUUUCUGUACUGCAAGAAAUGGCCUCCUUAAGGCUUUACGCAAACCGCACCGUGUCAGUCAGUAUUGGUGCUACAAUAACAAUAAAGUGCGAGAUGGACUUCGUUCUUUACCCAUUAGACGUACAGAACUGUGCGAUAGACUUCAGUAGUUAUAAAUACACGACAGAAGACGUCCGCUUCGAAUGGAGAGAAGUGGCACCGUGGUUCGGGCUAGGCGGCGAGCAACGCCACGAGUUCAGGCUGCCCAAAUACGUGGUCACAUUCGUUACUGAUAAAAGUAAUCAUAUUCGAAAUUUUGGUGAAGGUGAACAUUCAGCAGCGCGUUUACAAAUUAAAUUAUCAAGAGAGCUUCGAGGCUAUCUUCUGGAGAGCUACCUCCCGUCGUCGUUGUUCGUCAUAAUCUCCUGGGGAAGUUUCUGCGUUAUACCAGAAAUAGUUCCUGGGCGCAUGGUACUGCUAGUCACUACACUGCUUUCGCUGGUCACAAUGUUCGACACUGUGAGCACGAACUCUCCUGACGCACUAGAACUGAAGUGUAUAGAAGUCUGGCUGAUCUCAUGCACGAUAUUCGUAUUCCUCGCCCUAUUGGAGUACUUCGUGGUGCUCUUCGGUAUUCGAUAUGACAAGAGCUGGAGCCGACGGAGGCAGGACCUUCGACGAGCCGCAUCUGCAGCACAACUUGCGCCACCCUUACAUAUGAACCAUUCACAGAGGCUUAGCACGCCGGUGACCGGUACACCGCAAGGCGGUGUUUUCUCUCCACAACUAAGUGUCGAAGAUGAAGGCCUCAAACAACAGUUUUCACAUCAAACUAUUCAAAGGUCCACCUCUUCGGAAAGGAGAAGUUGGAGAGGAAAUAAGGUUGGAUGUGAGACGAGACACGUUAGUAAGGACUCGCCAAUUUUGGAAGCCAUGCCACCUACUGGAUCAGCAAAUACCGUGUGGUCGAGGAUAGCUGCAGCAGCCGACCGUGGCGUCAUGUUCUGCGGCGCGCAGCACGGAGCUCUCGACAGAUACGCUCUGAUGGUGUUCCCUAUGUGUUUCACACUCUUCACAGUAAUCUACUGGACCACAUACCUCAGUGAGGCACACCGAGCGCUGCAUGGGUGACAUAGAUUCAUGGACCAGUAGUGCUAUCGUUUAUUGCAUAUCAAGAUUGUGAACAGUGCCUAAAAAGCAAAGUUGUGAUUGUACAUAUUAGAACUCUGCUAUAGUAAAACUACAUAAAUAUACUUGUUAAGAGGUACGUAGUACCUACCAUUUUAAAACGUCCAUGAAAUUGUAAGUUAUGUAAGUAUGUUAAAUAAUGUUUACCUCUAGAAAUGUAAAUAUUCGAUCCCUUUAAUAUUUAUGAUAAAUUAAGUUUUAUUUAUUAAGAGUGCCUUCUUUUAAUUCUAUGGAUAUCGGUACAGUGUACCAAAAGCGUAGAAGGUAAUAAGAUGCUUUUAACCUUCCUACGGACUAUCAUUUAAAGAUGAAGACAAUACCUUGAAAGUAUCAUAAAAAAACGUUUAUUAUUAAAUUUAAUACUUAUUGCACCUAGUAGAAUGACUUAUAUUUAUUAUUAUAUAGAUUUAUCAUACGUGUAAAAUUUUUAAAGUAAAAUACAUUAUAUACAGCUUAGAUAUAAAUAUAAUAUAAAAUAUGGACACUAAGAGAAUUGUGCGCGGCGCCUAAAAAAUAGAAAGACCUUUGGUGGCUUGAAAUUAUAUGUACCUACAUUCUAAUUGUGUCAGGACGUUUUAUUUAAUAAAGAAUUAGAUAGGUAACUCAUUUGAUCAUGCUUUAUUAUCUUGCAUAAUAUUAAUUGCUAGUCAAAUAUAAAAACUUUUCAACUCUAUCUACUAUUAACACUUAAUAGGAAUAAUGUUUUCUUAUGGGAAAUUGUACCAAAAUUAUGAGCUUAAUAAUAGUUUAAUGAUCUAGAAUAUUUAAAAUUAAAAAUUAUUUUAUUAAAAAGUAGUAACCACAUAACUUUUAUUCUAGUCACAUUAACAACCGUCCGUUGCCAACCGUCCAAUCCAGAUGUUUUAAGUAUGUAUAUAGUAUACAUAUUAUUACUAUAUAAAACCAAGAUUUUGAUGAUAAAAUUGUGUGUGUUACUGAAUAAUUAUGGUUAAUUUAGUGCUCAGAAUGCAUAGUAGAAAGACCAUAUUAGAGCCAUAACACGAAUUUCCCCUGGUGGCUAUUUUACUGUUGUACAACGCGUUGUGAGCCAUUUUUUUCGCGCACUGAGCGUUUGUAUUUGCACACGCAUACACCUUCAUUAUAUGUUAUAUGUUCUUAUAAACAGGCAGGUUAUCUGCAGAAAGGAAUGAACCAGCUCCAGAAUGACAUCUAGAAACACUGUAAUGAUCGAAAUAUUCUACAAUUAAAAAACACAACUUGCAGUGCAAGUGAGCGAUAUAAUACAUAACAACGAAAGCAUUUGUCUUUCGUAAUGUUGUAUUUUGGCGUGAUCCGGUUUCAUUUCAAAUUUGAAAAACAAUACGUACAUGAAAAUGCUGUUUCAACGUUUUAAAGCCAAUGCACAAAUAGCACUUUAUUGUACAACUUGAUGAAAACAAUAAUUAUUGCAAUGAGUAUUCGUAUUCAGGUUUACAAUAAUUUGUAUAAAAGUAGAUUGCUAAUUCUCAAUUUCUUAUGAACAAACUCCAUCUAUAGUUCAAUUCCUUUGAUUGCCAUAACAAUUUUUGCGAAUAUUACAUUACAUACAUUUUAGAGGACAUGGCAAUUACAUUUCAUAGCAAAGUAUUGAAAUUUGAAACUUGCGGAACAUUAAAUGAAUAUUUUAAAAUAUGCCCAUUGUAAAUAUAUAAAAUAAUGAAAU